CAAAUCCCCCAAUAAUUAUGUGGGUGUUUGGCUCACUGUUACCUUCACGUUGUGCUUCAAGUGGAACAAUAACAGUUUCUUCAUCUAAGGUUUCGGUUGAUGUUUUUCCUUCUGCAAAAAUAGACAGAGAUGCCGUCUGUAACUCUUAAGGAUGUUGAACAAGACAAGGUCGUCAAGGCGAUCGCUGUCUUCUUAAAAAAAUCUGGAAAACUAAAGGUCCCAGAGCACAUGGACUUGGUAAAGACCGCAAUUUUCAAGGAGUUGGCUCCUUAUGACCCCGACUGGUUUUAUGUACGUUGUGCAGCCUUAGUUAGACACAUCUACAUCCGUUCACCAAUUGGUGUAGGAUCCGUAGCUAAAGUGUUCGGAGGACGUAAACGUAAUGGAGUAUCUCCUUCACAUUUCCACAAAUCAUCAGGAGGUAUUGCACGCAAAGCAUUGCAAGCUUUGGAAUCUUUGAAAUUGGUUGAGAAACACCCAGAUGGUGGCCGCAAGCUUACCGUUCAGGGAAGACGUGAUUUAGAUCGUAUCGCUGCCCAAGUUAGGGCUAAACAAAGGGCAAGAAAAGACACCACUGGUCCUAUUGUUUUGUAAAUCAUGUUUAUAUAUAAAUAAAAAAUAAGAUCUA